GGCUGUGCUGGGUCUUCACUGAUGCACAGGCUUUGCUGCAUGGGCUUUUCUCUCAUUGUGGCAAGCGGGGGUUACUCUAGUUGCAGUGUGUGGGCUUCUCAAUAUCAAAACAGUAGUCUGUCUUUCAACUCAUGAGCAAGGUAUGUGUCUCUAUUUAGAUCAUCCUUAAUUCCUCUUAGCAAUAUUUUGUAGUUGCCUAUGCACAGGUUUUUCACAUCUUUUAUCAGAUUUGUGCCUAAAUAUUUCAUAUUUUUAGGUUUCCCAGGUGGCUCAGUGGUCAAGACCCACCUACCAAUGCAGGAGAUGCAGAUUGGAGUCCUGGGUCAGGAAGAUCCCCUGAAGAAGGAAAUAGAAACCCACUCCAAUAUUCUUGCCUGGGCUAUCCCAUGGACAGAAGAGCCUGGCGGGUUACAGUCCACGGGGUUACAACAGAGUUGGUCACAACUUUUCAUACUUUUACACUGUUGCAAAUGUCAAUUUUUGAACAUUUCAAUUUCCAAUAGUUUUUAAUAGUAUAUAGAAAGACUGUUUUCUACUUUUUUAAAAAAAUUGUAUUUUAUUGUGGUAAGAACACUUAACAUGACAUCUUUCCUCUUAAAUUUUUAAGUGUGUAAUACAGUACUAUUUUCUAUAAGCACAAUGUUUUACAGCAGAUCUCUAGAACUUAUCUAUCUUGCAUAGUUAAGAUUUUAUGCCCGUUGAUUAGCAACUCACAUUGCCUUCCUUCCUCCAGCCCCUGGAAACCGCCAUUCUGUUCUUUAAUUCUACGAGUAUGAUUGUUUUAUAUACCGAAUAUAUGUAAGACGAAUCACACAGUAUUUGUCCUAAUAUGAUUAAUUUAUUUAACUUAGGCUAAUAUCCUUCAGGUUUAUCCAUGUUGUCAUAUUUUUCAGGAUUUCCUUCAUUUUAAAGGCUGAAUAAUAUUCCAUUGUGUGUGUGUAUAUAUGUAUACAUAUAUAUGCAUAUGCUUCAUUUUCUUUAUCUAUUCAUAUAUUGAUAGACAUUUAGGUUUUAUCCAAUUUUAGCUAUUACUGAGCAUUAGAGUACUCAUAACCUUUUUGAGAUCUUAUUUUCAUUUCUUCUUGAUAAAUAUCCAAAAAUGAGAUUGUUGAAUCCUAUGGCAGUUCUGAUUUUAAUUUUUUGAGGAAUGUGCAUUCUGUUUUCCAUAGCAGCUGCACCAUUUUGCAUUUCAAGCAACAGUGCACAAGAACUCCCAAUUUCUCUGCGUCCUCUUUUAUGUUGUUGUUGAAAACCAUUCUAACAAGUGUGAGAUUAUAUCUCAUUGUGGUUUUGAUUUGCAGAUCCCUAAUGGUUAGAAACAUUGAGCAUCUUUUCAUAUGCCUAUUGGCCAUUUAUGUGUUUUCUUUGGAGAAAUGUCUAUUCAAGACUUUAGCCCAUUUUAAGGUGGGUUCUUAGUUCUUUUGCCACUGAGUUGUAGCUUUUAUAUUUUGGAAAUUAACCUCUUAUGGUUUGCAAAUAUUUUUCCCAUUCUCUGUUGCCUUUUCACUCUGUUGUUUUCUUUGCUGUGCAGAACCUUUUUAGUUUGAUAUAGUGCCAUUUGUCAAUUUUUGCUUUUGUUAUCUAUGCUUUUGGUGUCAUAUUCAUGAAAUAAUUGCCAAGGCUGAUGCCAUGAAAUAUUUUUUUCUGUUUUCUUCUAGGAGUUUUACAGUUCCAGAAAACAGUUGAUUUUUGAGUAUUGUCCUUAUAUUCUGCAGUCUUAUUAAACUCACUUAAUUGUUUUACUGGUUUAUAUAAAAUUGUGCAGGAUUUUCUACGCAUGUGAUAAUGGUCUCUGUAUGCCUUAGUCAAUUCAAGCUGUUAUAGCAUAAUACCACAAUCUGGAUGUAUAAACAACAGAAUUUUAUUUCGGUUGUAGAAGCUGUAAAUUUGAGAUCAGGGUGCUUAAACGAUCAAGUUUUGUGUCUAGUGAGAGCCCUCUUCUGGCUUCUUGCUUUGUCCUCAAAUGGUGGAAGGGGCUAGGGAACUCUGUGGGAUCUUUUUCUUAAGAGCACUAAUCUUAUGUAAAGUUUAAAAAAUAAAAUAAAAUAAAAAAAAAAAUAAAAAUUAAAAAAAAAAAAAAAAAAAAAGAGCACUAAUCCCUUCACAAGGCUUCCACUCUCAUGACCCAACCAGAUCUUGGAGGUCCCGCCACUUAAAACUAUCACAUUAGGCAUUAGGAUUUCAACAUAUGCAUUUGAGCAGCACAAAAACAUUCAGACCAAAACAAUGAGAAUAUAACACUUAUUUUUUCCCUUCUUAAUCUAGAUGACUUUUUCCUUUUUCAUGCCUACUUGCACUGGCUAGAACCUUCAUUGCAGUGUUCAAUAGAAGUUGUAAGAGUGGACAUCCCUUUACUGAUUUUAGGAGGAAAGCAUUCAUUCUUUCACUAUUAAGUCUGAUUUUUUAAAUAAAUGACCUUUAUCAGCCUGGGGAACCUGAUAACGAGGAUUGAGACACCCUUCUGCCUAGUUUCUGAGAUCUUUAAAAAAAAAAAAAAGAAAUCAGGAAUAAAUCUCAAAAAUUUUCAUGUCUAAUGACAUAGAUCCUUAUUGAUCACAUGGAUUUUCUUUUCUAAUUUGUUAAUAUGGUAAAUUGCAUUGAUUUUUUAAAUGUAAUCCAACCCUAUUUUCUUGGGAUAGACUCCACUUUGUCACCUUUUUAAUAUAAUGUUGGAUUUAAUUUGCUAAAAUAUUGUUUAGAAUUUUCCUUGUUUAUAGGUACAUUUUACAUCUAUGUUCAGUUUGUAACUUCCUCUAUUUCUCUUUCUCUCUUUUAUUCCUAGUUUUUGUAUAGCCUCAUAGGAUGAAUCAAAAAGAAUUCUCUUCAAAUUUUUGAAGCAGUUCUGUAGAAUUAGUAAUAAUUUUUUCCCCUUAAGUGUUUGGUAGAAUUUACCAGUGAAGCACCUGGACAUGGAGUUCUUCUUUAUAAGAAUUUUAACUACAAUUUCAGUUUCUUGAAAAGAUAUGUGUCUAUCUAUGUUAUCUGUUUCUUCCUGAGUGAACUUUGAAAACAUAUCUUUUAAGGAAUUUUCUCAGUUGUUAAAUUUAUUAGUAUAAAAUUAUUCAUAAUAUUGCCUUAUUAUUCUUUUAAUAGCUAUAGAAUCUGUAGUAAUGUCACCCCUCUCGUUUCUGAUACUGAUAAUUUGUGUCUUUUUUCUUAUUAGUCAGUCUAGCUAGCUUAUCAAUUAUAUAGAUGUCAAAGAACCAGCUUUUUGUUUCAGUGAUUUUCUCUAUUGUUUUUCUGUUUUCUAUUCAUUGGUUUCCAUUUGGUUUUUAAAUUUUUUUUUCUGUUUUCUUUGGGCUUAAUUUACUUAUUUUAGUUUUUAAGAGUGUUUCACAUUUUCCCCUAAUAAUACAUUUUUUAGUAUUGGUUUUCCCCUACAUAUUGCUUUAUUGGCAUCCCACAAAUCCUGAUAUGUUGUGUUUCAUUUUAUUUGGGUUGAGUGUUCUGUAAAUGUCAAUUAGAUCAAUGAUGACACUUGGUUUCCAAAGUCUCCUUGGGAUCAUCUCCAUCCCAGCCAAGCUUAAAGGAAGAAAGAUUAUGGAGAAAGGUUUUUUUAACCACUUAACCUAUUUUCUGGCUGCUGGUGCUGUUACUUUGGGAAUUGGUUUCUUUGCUUUGGCAUCAGCCUUGUGGUUCCUGAUUUGCAAACGAAGAGAAAUAUUUCAAGACUCUAAAUUUAAAGCAGUUGAUGAGAAAUGCAGACAAAGACCAUCAAAGGCGAAGAUUAAAUCUCAUCCUCAGUGUGUUUUUAUUUCUCGUAAUUUUCAUACUGGAAGAUUCCAAUCACAGGAGGAGCAAAGAAAAAAGGAAACAGCAUGUAUAAAAGCAAAUAAUGGUUAUUCUAAAGAUGAUUUCUGCCUUGCAACGAAAAAAGUCAUUUGUGACCCCUCAGAGUCUAGCUCGGCAACAAAUCCCAGCAGUGUUACCUUAAGCUUAUCAACAUUACCAUCUGAUUUUUAUUACAGCCAAAGUGUAGAAAUAGCUGAUGACUGGUAUUCUGAUGAUUCUCAAAUGAAAAAGAGCCCUCCGAUGCCUUUUCUUGGGGAGCCUCUAAUGGAAAAAGUAUUUUCAUACUUGACAACCAUUCCAUUAGAACAAUGUACUGAAAAUGUACUAAAUAUGACACUUCGUGAUGGUCAAAAAGAUGAUAACCUUAAGGAAAUAUUUACACGAAGAAAUACAGAGGUUGAAAUACAAAACCUUCAACAUAAUACUGAAUGACUUUUUUCUUUUGAAACUUUGUGUACCCUGAAAUCAUGUAAAGUUAAAACUGAAUUACCAGCUUCUGAGUCUCUUAACAUGUCCAUGCUAGUAUUAUUUCUUUUGUUCUUUACCAUAGAGUGGUCCUACUUCCCUUUCUAAUUAUUUGUAGAAACAAAAUUACAGGAAGAAGUAGAGUGAUAUCAUAAACAUUAAGUUUAAAUCCUUGUAUCUCAUCAAAGGAUAUAAUAGAUAAUACAAAUGUAUUUUAACACAUAGGAGAAAUACUUUAAGAAAUCCUCAGCACAGAUACAUUUUAAAUAAAACAUUUGCAGCGUUUCUUUAUA